AUGGCCCGGUCCCUUUGCCCGCCGCUCUCCGAGUCCUGGAUCCUCUCCCCGGGCUGGGGUCCAGCCCAGCCGCUGCCGCCCUCCGACAGGGACUGCGGUUGCUCCCCCGUCUCGUCCCCGGACUCCUGGGGCAGCGCCCCGGCCGGCAGCCCUCUGCCGAGCCUCGCGCCGCCCGUCGCCCGCCCGGCCGCCCGCGCCCCGGCCGCCAGGAGGCGCGGCGCCCGCGGCAGUCGCCUGGGCAGCGGGCAGCGGCAGAGCGCCAGCGAGCGCGAGAAGCUGCGCAUGCGCACGCUCGCCCGCGCCCUGCACGAGCUGCGCCGCUUUCUGCCGCCGUCCGUGGCGCCCGCCGGCCAGAACCUGACCAAGAUCGAGACGCUGCGCCUGGCCAUCCGCUACAUCGGCCACCUGUCGGCCGUGCUGGGCCUCAGCGAGGAGAGCCUGCAGCGCGGGCGCCGGCGGUGCAACAACCCGGCGUCCCCUCGGGGCUGCCCGCUCUGCCCCGACGGCGGCCCCGCGCAGGCGCAGGCGCAGGCGCUUGACCCGGGCCCGGGAUCCGUCGGCAGCGCCGCGGCGUGCUGGGGAUCCCCGCCCCCGUGCCCGGGAGGCCGAGUAGCGACGGAGCUAAGCGACCCGCCGGUGCUCUACGCGGAGGCAGCGUGUCCCGAAGGGCAGUCGCUGGAGCCGGGUCCCUCCUCUCCGCUCUUUCCUGGCGACGUGGUGACCCUGCUAGAGACCUGGAUGCCCCUUUCGCCCUUGGAGUGGCCGCCGGCUUGAGGAGCUCAUGUGACAACAGAUGACUGUCGCGGUGCCUGUGAGCACCGAGGUCCUUUUGGCCUCAGCACCUUCGAAGCGGUCCCUCUCCAGACUCCCUUCUGGAAGAGGGCAUCCGGGAUACCGGCAUGGGCAUUCCUGCAAGUGGGAGCCUGUCCCCACUCUGGAUGGCCCUUUCCAGCCCCUGAGUCCCCUGAUGGACACCCUGAGGCAGGCAGGAGGCGCUGCCUACUUUGUAUUUAUUUAUUUGUAAAUAAACUGUUUUUGCUGA